UGGUGUCGUGGGCAGUUGCGAGCGACGGGGAGCGACAAAAGGCGAGGCGAGCGCACGCACACCACCACGCACUGGCUGUGACUGCGAGACCACACGACAACGAGCGAGCGAGGAUGGACUUCUUGGUGGAGAAGCAGCGCCAGCUGCAUGAGGAAGUGGAUCGGCUGGUCAAGGAUGGGGCCACGGUCAUGCAGCACAAGUUUGACACGCAAAAGUCAAAAGUGAACGCCCUUCACUUGCAGCGUCUCCUGGUUGACCGCAUGUCCAACAACGCACGCGAGCUUGUGGAGCUGUACAACGAUGCUGACGGGGAGCGGAAGAAGGAGAUUGAUGCACUGAGCGUCAACCCCUUUGAGUCGUUCUACGAGAAGCUCGGGGAGAUCAAGGAGUAUCACAAAGAAGCGCCAAACGCGAUUGCCCGGCCAGUGCGCACGGACAUCUUGCCAGACUUUCUUCAGCCAGAAGCGCUGUUGGAGGCACAGCAGCAGAAGAAUGCGAGCAGGAAACGCAAAACCGGCAACGACAAGCCAGCAGAGACCAAGACUCCGGGCCUCGCUGGAUUUGUUGAGUUUAGCGGCGAGGAGAGCCACGGACGGUUUCUGGACUUGCACGAGCAUUUCGUGGCGUACAACAACCUCAAGGGCGUGCCCCAUAUGGAGUACCUCGAAUACGUGCAGACCUUUGAUCUCCUCUCUGAGCUUCCGCGCCAAAUCAAGAAGACCGCCGCUUACAAAUCGUACAUCAACAACCUUGCCGCGUACCUCGUGGAGUUUUACCGCCGCACCAACCCACUCGCAGACAUCGACGCGGAGCUGGCGCAAGCGCAAAAGGACUUUGAGGCGCUGUGGGCGAGCGGCAAGUUCCGCGGGUGGCAGGACGUGAAGCCCAUCACCAACGUGGAGCGGCUGGACCUGUCGGCGUUUUCGUCCGCCAGCGAGCUCGAGGCGCUUGGCAUGGACAGGCUGAAGAGUGCGCUGAUGGCGGAGGGGCUCAAGUGCGGCGGGACGCUGCAGCAGCGAGCACAACGGCUGUUCUCCACCAAGGGCGUGCCGAGGGAGAAGUGGAGCAAGGCCAUCCUCGCCAAGGGUGCCAAACGCAACGCAAACGGCGCCAGCGCCAAUGCAAACGGCAGCACAGGCAACAACGCGGGCGGUGUCGUGUCGGUUGUUGACGAGAAGAAGGAGGUUGCUUCGGUUGAGGCGCGCAUCCUGGUCAUGGCCAAGCUGCUGUCGCAAGUCCGCCGGGCGACCAAGGAGAAUGUCGAGCGCAAAAUGGCGCGGAGUGCGGGCGAGGUUGGCGACGAGGAGGAUCUGCCGGAGAUUGACGAUGAGUUUGAGUCUGACGAGGAAGAGGACGAGGACAUGAAGGUUGGGAAGCGCAACGCCCUUGUGCUCGGCCCAGACGGAAAGCCCAUCCCCUACUGGCUGUAUCGCCUGCACGGUCUCAACAUCAUCUACACCUGCGAGAUCUGCGGCAACUACCCGUACCGCGGCCCAAAGAACUUUCAGCAGCACUUUACGGAGUGGCGGCACGCGCAGGGCAUGCGCGCCCUCGGCAUCCCAAACACGAAGCACUUUGCCAACGUCACCAACAUCAACGACGCAAAGGCAUUGUGGGCCCGUCUUCAGGACCAGAAGGCGCAGGAGCGGUUUGAGCCGGAUCAGGAGGAAGAGUACGAGGACUCGAUGGGCAACGUGGUCAACAAGAAGACGUACAACGAUCUCCUCAAGCAAGGCUUGCUGUAACUGCACACACAUGCACACACGCGCGCGCACUUUCACAUGCACGUAUACGUGUCUGGUUUUGUCUGAAUGUUUGGUAGUCGGUGUUUGGCGCGAGGGCAAACAAGCCGCGUGUUUUGUCCCAUCAAUGAAAGAAAGAAACAA